AUGAAAAAAAAAUGUUCCAUUAAUGUCGGGUUUGGAAAACGGCGCAAAAAGAGCGUAAAAAUUGCGACAAGUGUUGAAUCGGACUUAUUCGAAAAUGAACAAGAAAUUACAAGUAAUAGUGACUCUAGUGAUGUUGACUGGGUCUUAUCCGAAAGUGAACAAGAAAUUGUAAGCAAUAGUGACUCAAGUGAUGUUGAAGAGAAUCCGAUAGUUCAAAAUAUAAAUGACUUUCUUUGGGAAAACAAGAGUGCUGAUUAUGAACCAACCUUCUUUCCAUUACUAAUAAACAGUGGAAUAUGUGACAGAAUUUUAGAAGAAAAUCCAACAGAGUAUGAUUGUUUUGUUGCCAUUAUACUACCAGAAUUUAUAACUCAUAUUACAUCAAAGACAAAUAAUUUUCAUACAUUUAUUGUAAAUACAAAGACAUCAGAAGAGAAUAGUAAAAUACACAAAUGGGUUGAUACUACAGAUAAGGAAGUCUAUGUUUUUCUUGCCAUUACAAUGCUCUUCACUCAUAUGAAUAAAAAUGAAUGGAAGGACUAUUGGAGUAUAGAUAUGCUCAUUGAAACCCCUAUUUUUGAAAAGAUAAUGUCCCAAGAUAGAUUGUCUUUACUGUUGAGAAUGCUUCACUUCUCUGACAAUAACGAACCACAUGUAGGGGAUAAACUGCAGAAAAUAAGACCUAUUAUUGAGUUGCUAGGAAGUCGUUUCAAAGCAUCUAUGAAACCUUUUAAAGAUUUGUGCAUCGACGAAAGUAUUGGUACCUUGGAAAGGCCGACUAAGUUUCAAACAAUACAUACCCUCGAAGAUACAGAUUUGGGAUAA